AUGAUCGAAUAUAUACAUACAGCAGGUUUCAGCAACCUUUUCACCGGUCUACCGCAUUCUCACAUUAUUGAUAGCUUAUUCUACCUUACUGACCUCUGCUUUACCAAUGCUGGAAAAGAAUACAUUUUUUGUAUGUUCAGCGGUACCGUCGAAUGCGUCUUCCGUGUCAUCGUCGUGUAUCCCCAAUGUUCCGCGUCUCCGCCCCGUGUCUUCAGUAUCCAGAAUCGCUGUAUUCAGUGUGCCCCGCGUUUCAUAUCUAGCGGUCCAUUGCAGCAGUGUCUCGCUGCAUUCCAGUUAUCGACACCUUGUCCGCAGCAGUUGUCGCUGCAAGUGCUCGAUUUAAUCCCGUUGCCCCACCGAAUCACGUGCAAGCUUGUAUCAGUAUUGAUAAAACCCAGAGCAGUCGCUCAAGUGGUAUUCGAACGGGGACAGGGACCCCGCAGAGCACUGAAUGUGGAGCAAACGAUCACGGGGAAGCACCAUGAAUGUACGGCAGCAGUGUGUCGCAACGGAGUCACACUGGGGAGCGUGGUAGACGCAUUUCUACCGGACGCUGUUGCCAAAAUUCCGUUUCGAAAAGUAGAGGAGUUGGCAAAAGCGAUAAAUUUGUGGGAUUCCGACGAAAAAGUGGAGAUCAAAAAAACACUUUCGCGGAAGGACCCGUACAACAUACCCGUUGUAGCAGAGAAGAAAGGAUGGCGGAAAGCCACUGCAGCUUUGACAAAGAGCUGUCCUCAUCGGCAUCAGACAAUGAAAGAAACGUUUGGAAUACCCAUGUAUUCCGGGUACCAAGGUAUAUUCGCGCAGCGUGAUCCGUUUGUUGAAGCGACCGAAAAAGUUCGAGCAGAAGUGAACCGAACCAGAGGUGCGACAAAAGCAAGAGUGGUGAUAUUUGGAGAAGCACGAGCGUGCAAAUUGAGCAAAGUGCUGGUGGGAAGCGAGCAUGUAGCUGUAAAAACAGCAGGGAAGCAACUGCAGUUUAGCAACUGGAGCGAACUGAGCAGGAGCCCUUGGGAAAUGGGCCCCUUCACGGGAAUCGGAAUUUUUCUUUUGGAUGUGGACGCAAAGGAGCAAGAUGCUGAAGAAAUAGUAGCCGCGCUACAGAAAUGUCCCGAUGUGCAGACAGUGAUCAUGGCACCACCAUUCGUAAAGGGCCACAAACAAACACUGCAGAAAAUGAAAGAAUGGUUUAUGGCAAUGAAGGGGAAGAAUGCGGACCGUUCUUGGAUCUUUGCAGGUUGGCAAGAUGGACCCGGAGAAAUUGAUCUGAUUCGCAUUGAUCUGGCAGCUCAGGACGCAAAAGAAGCCGAACCAGAAAGGACGCCAAGAGUUCGAACAAUGCAGAGGAAACGAGGACGAUAUGCAGUGGCCAAAACAACGCAGCAACGAACGCAUCCGCAUCGUGCAGAGAACCGCCGAGCUCGGAGUCCGAGCUUCAACAGGAAGCGGCAUGUAGAGCGAGCAAAAGAUGGCGCGCAGGAGAAGCAAGGAACAAUCCAGAAUCGCGCAGUAGUUUGA